UAAAUAGUAGAAGGUUUGUUUGUAAUGAGAAGGGCCAUUAGCCGGCGUUCUCUGAUGAUGAAAUCUUAAACUGGGUUCAUUAGAAAGACUCCGAGGUGAAUGAUGCAGAUACUUUAAUCACACCCCAGAGAGGAUGACGAGAACUGCUUUGUUUUUCACUGAUUUCAAGUUGCUUAAAUAUUUAUUUGUAUUCUUGACAUUACAACAUGGUCUUAAAUCAUAUUACCGUGAAAUCAAAUAUCUCAGUAUCCUCUGUAGAUUUGUUGGUUUGUACUGGUGAGGAUCCAGGCUGGCAGGGAUGUUAUCUUUGACCUGCCGGAGAACCAGUUUCACCAAGCACUUCAUCAGAACAGAGGUGAGGCCGACGUGACUCAGCACAGCAGACCUUUUAGGCUGCCGGCUGCUUUGCCAGAGACCGACACCGCUAACAUCUACAGCUCCUGGGGGCACUUUGAAGGGCAGCUGACGGUACUACAGCCAGAACAGAGGCUCAGACUGGCUCUCCUCUCAGCAACAGAGAGAUGAAGGAAGGAGGUAUUUCUGCUGUACGCUGGAUGCAGACACUCAGUGGUCCGAUCAUAUGGAGUCGCUCUGUGCAAACGUUCAUCAGUGUAUCAGACUGUUGAGCUUCUAAGCUGAGGCUGUCCUCCAGCACACAGACUGUGGAGAGCAGAGAUGUCUUUUCUCAGGACCUUUUCGAACAACUCUGACAUCAUUCAUCCUCCAGGCUUCUAUAUCAUCGGAUUUGAGACAUUUCCCUUCAUCAGUGUCUACUUCAUCUUUCUGGCGUUUGUUUACAUGGUGACAGUGCUCUUUAAUAGUUUGGUGAUCUGUAUAAUUGUCUUUAAUCGUUGUUUACACUCUCCGAAGUUUCUGGCUGUGGCCAACCUCGCAGUGAUUGAUGUGAUCCUGAACACAUGUACUAUUCCAGGCAUGAUAAAGAUAUUCCUGGUUAAGGAUAACUUUGUUCCAUUCAACCUGUGUUUGGUGCAAAUGUUUGUCUACUAUAUGUUUGGGACUUUGGAGUCAUAUGCACUGGCUAUACUUGCCUAUGACAGGUUGAUUGCAAUAUGUUUCCCUCUGCGUCACAACUCCAUCAACACAUUGCAGAGUAUGUCCUGUAUUGUUGGCCUGUCUUGGUCUUUUUCUCUGGGAGUCAUUGCAUUUGCGACAGGUAUAAUGACUCGAUUGUCUUUUUGUAACUCUGUCAGGGUGUUCAGCUAUUUCUGUGACUAUGCGCCUGUGUUCAGACUGGCCUGUAAUGAUUUCACAAUGCAGUGGUCUGCAGCUACUUUGCUUACUUUCUUGCUGCUGGUGGGACCGUGUAUUUUUAUCCUCCUGUCUUACGUCAGCAUCUUGGUGACUGUGUUCAGGAUGAAAUCUUUAGACACUCGAGUGAAAGCUUUGGCCACUUGUGUUGAGCAUCUCAUCCUUGUUGCUGUGUUUUACAUUCCUCUCAUUACCAUUUUUACUGUCGGGUUUUAUCUGCGUCUCAUUGACCCGGACCAGCGUGUGCUGAGCCUGUCUCUGGCCUCUUGCCUCCCACCCUGCAUCAACCCUAUUGUGUAUUCUUUGAAAACUAAAGAGAUUAAAGUCAGAGCCCUGGCACUGGUCAGGAAAAAUAAAAUUGGCACAGACCUACAUAAGAGCAAACCUCAGAGAGGUAAAUGAAAUGUCAUAAAAAUGAAGCUCUGAACAUUUGUGUAGUGGCCUGGGCUCUUUUGAUCCAGUCCUUCACUUUCAGUGUACAUAUGUUGUGUUGAAGGUUGUGUUUACGUGAACAUAAACUAAGGGUAAUUCUGGAGUCACGUUAUUCACAAAAGCUUUGAAUAAUCUUCCUCUCCUUUAUACUUUUGCUUUUCCCCAUCUUUUUAUCUAAAUCCAGAUUAUUUCCCAUAUUAGCACAGUUUGUUUGAUUGUGUCAGCAGGGCUGUGUUCAAAAUGUAUCUAUGCAACUUUUAAAAACUUGUUGUUCAUACUGUAAACUUAUAUUCAUGUGUAGGCAACAAUUUAUUCAUAACAUGACAUCACUGCCGUUGUUUCACAUCAUUUACUUAGAAAUGAUAAAUUAACACUAACUCCAAUAGGUUACAAGUUCUAGUCCUGCAUUCAACACCUCCUGAGGUGAAAGUAUGUAAUCAUCAAAAAUUACAUCAAAAGCAGUAGUAUCAAAAGUAAUCAUUGUGCAGCAAAAAUGGUCACCACCAGUGUUUUACUAAUGAACUUUGUUAAUAUGCAUGUUACAAAUUACUGUUUCAUAGGUUUAUGGUGGAUUUAAUUUUAACUACUGUGCAUACUGUUGUUUAUUAUAAUCUACAACAAUAAAUCAUUUUCAAUAGCAUCA